AAUAGUUGGCGCGCGUCGUACGAUCAAUCUAAUGAAUCGCAAUGGUGAAUCGUCGCGUUCGAUCGUUAUCGUAAACGAUUUCAAGUGCGUGAGGUGUUUCGUCAUUUUGUUAUGUGUAUAUCAAGAGAUAUACCUAAGGUGAAUUAUUGGUGAUAACGAGUGAAAAGAGAAAGAAAAUACGAAGGACUUUUGUCAUGUAUCGCAGGCGGCUUAUAAUCAUCUUAGCCGGCACAAGCUGGCCGAGAUCCUGAUAGCCAUCGCAGCGACCAGGAUCCGGGACCAUUCAACAAAGAAAGGAUGCCAGGGGGGCGUAGGGGCCUAGUAGCCCCCCAAAACACGUUUCUGGAGAAUAUCAUACGACGCAGUAGCAGUCAACCUGACAGCAGUUUUCUACUAGCAAACGCCCAGAUCGUCGACUUCCCGAUCGUCUAUUGCAACGAAAGCUUCGUCAAAAUCUCCGGCUACAAUCGUGCAGAGGUUAUGCAAAAGUCAUGUCGUUGUGGAUUCAUGUAUGGGGAGCUAACGGACAAGGAAACGAUUGCCAGAAUCGAGGAAUGCCUUGAGGGUCAGAUUCACGAUCAAUUCGAGAUCUUGCUGUACAAGAAGACCAAGACACCAUUAUGGCUGCUGUUGCAAAUAGCACCCAUCAAAAACGAACGAGACCUUGUGGUCUUGUUCCUGCUGACUUUUCGAGACAUUACCGCUUUGAAACAACCCAUCGAGACGGACGACAGCAAAGGCGGCCUUUCCAAGUUCGCCAAGCUCGCCAGAUCAGUCACCAGGUCGAGAUCGGUUCUAGUUUCUCAGUUCAGCUCCCAUCUGCCAGCUUUGAAAGAUACAGCUGUACCGACUACCACCAAACAAUCGCAUCUGGGUCAUAUGAUGUCCCUAAGCGGCGAUGUUAUGCCACAAUACAGACAAGAAGCACCGAAAACUCCGCCACACAUUUUAUUACAUUAUUGUGCAUUUAAGGCAAUUUGGGACUGGAUUAUUUUGUGUUUGACUUUUUACACAGCCAUCAUGGUGCCGUAUAACGUCGCGUUUAAAAAUAAGACUAGCGAAGAUGUCUCCCUAUUAGUUGUAGACAGUAUCGUUGAUGUGAUAUUCUUCAUUGACAUUGUGCUAAAUUUUCACACAACAUUUGUUGGCGCUGGUGGAGAAGUCGUAUCCGAUCCGAAGGUAAUCAGGAUGAAUUAUCUGAAAUCUUGGUUCAUCAUAGAUCUACUAAGCUGUCUACCGUACGAUGUAUUUAACGCCUUCGACCAUGAUGAGGAUGGAAUAGGUAGCCUGUUUUCGGCUCUGAAAGUAGUACGGUUGCUGCGACUCGGUAGAGUUGUACGCAAGUUAGAUCGUUAUCUGGAGUACGGUGCCGCGAUGCUCAUUCUUCUACUCUGUUUCUACAUGUUGGUUGCUCACUGGCUGGCCUGUAUCUGGUAUUCAAUAGGGAGAUCGGAUGCUGACAAUGGGGUGCAAUACUCGUGGUUGUGGAAAUUGGCUAACGUUACCCAGUCACCAUAUAGCUACUUGUGGACCAAUGCCAGCACCGCACCCGAACUAGUAGCUGGCCCGUCACGCCGUACGAUGUAUGUCACUGCUCUUUACUUCACAAUGACUUGUAUGACCUCUGUGGGCUUUGGAAACGUUGCAGCCGAAACCGACAAUGAGAAGAUUUUCACCAUCUGUAUGAUGAUCAUAGCUGCCUUAUUGUAUGCCACGAUCUUCGGUCAUGUCACCACUAUCAUCCAACAAAUGACGUCCGCUACCGCCAAGUAUCACGAUAUGUUGAACAACGUGAGAGAAUUUAUGAAGCUACAUGAAGUACCAAAAGCUCUUAGUGAACGCGUCAUGGAUUACGUCGUUAGCACGUGGGCGAUGACCAAAGGCUUGGAUACGGAUAAAGUUCUCAACUACUGCCCUAAAGACAUGAAGGCCGACAUUUGCGUGCAUCUUAAUCGGAAGGUCUUCAACGAACAUCCCGCCUUCAGAUUAGCGUCUGAUGGAUGUCUGCGUGCCUUGGCGAUGCACUUCACGAUGUCACACAGCGCACCCGGCGAUCUGCUCUAUCAUACAGGAGAAUCCAUCGAUUCUCUGUGCUUCAUCGUGACUGGUAGCCUCGAAGUCAUACAGGAUGACGAAGUAGUGGCAAUACUGGGGAAAGGCGACGUUUUCGGCGACAGCUUUUGGACGAAUCCAACGAUCGGCCAGAGUGCAGCGAAUGUUAGGGCGCUUACUUAUUGCGAUUUGCAUACAAUCAAACGAGAUCGGCUCUUGGAGGUGUUGGACUUUUAUCAAGCUUUCGCAAACUCCUUCGCCAGGAACCUGAUUCUAACUUACAACUUGAGUCAUCGGCUCAUCUUUCGGAAAGUCGCCGAUGUCCGUCGAGAAAAGGAAUUGGCCGAAAGGAGAAAAAAUGAGCCACAAUUGGAUCAAGCUCAGGAUCAUCUGGUUCGCAAAAUCUUCUCGAGGUUCAAGAGUGAUGCAGAAAGCCAGAUCGGUGUGACCAGGACCGUGAGUGGACGGUCUCAUCAGGAUUCCGACGAGGAGCUCACUGUGAACGUCCUGCCACCCUGGCCGAGUUUUAGAUUUCGCCGCGAUAGACAACACACUGCCGAUGUAGAAAAGGGUGACGGCAAAGAUGCCAAGGAUGGCGAAACGUCGCAAGCUAAGAAGCUGUCUACCACCGAAGAAGGUGGAACAACUGUCGCAAAAACGCGACCCGGCAAGUGGGGGCGUUUAUUAGGUAGUUCAAGUUUGGACACCGGUAGCGAAUCGGGUACGGCUGGCGAUGCAUUCAAACGAUCUCUUAGCGCAAGAGACUCGCGCCCGAGUUCCAGCGCCGGCACCAAUAAAGUCUUCCCGAAGCUAGGUAAACUGGGAGAGCGCACAAUCGAAGAGAGUGGCGAUAAUGUCGAAAAUCAGAAGGAUGCUCAACAACCACAAGCGCCGCAACAACAAACCCUCAGCAUAAGCUCAAAGCAGUUGCAGCUACGACGUCUAGAGAGCUACGAUGGUGGUCUGAUUACACAGCAACCAAGUCACGAGAGAGAAGUUCUUGCGGCGGUAUUGGAAGUGAAAGUGGAUUUAAAGUUAGAAGUACAAAGAGUAAAUCAGCGGCUAGCCAAAAUCGAAGACAUGCUGCAGGCACUGAUGAACAAAUUGCCAGCCGCCGGAUCAUCGUCCAGCGGCAUUAAUGGCAGUUCUCAGCAACAGAAAAUUCCGAGCUUUACUCUGAGCGGUGUUCAGAGUCAGUCGCCCGUCACCCCGAGCGCAAUAACAUUGGUUCAGUCCGCGACUCAGACUAUGGAGUAUAGACCGUCGAUCGCUACCACGUCGACAUCCACGACACCGAGCGAGGGAUAUCGGGAGCAGUCGACGGCGACGGAGCGAAUAUCAAAGAGCGGUCAGGAACACCACCAUCAUCAUCACCAUCACCAUCAAUCGUCGUCAUCGCGGGACGUCAGCAAGGAACUGUUAGAGCGGCUUGCGCAGGCUUCCACGUCGCGCGGUGACGAUUCGAAUGCCUUGGGACCGCUUAUCCUGCGAAAGCGACGCAGCAAAUCGCGCAACAAAGGUGCGGCACCGCUCGCUCCUCUUGCUACGCAGCCAAUGAGCCCGUCAGAAGCCACGGAGACCACGCAGAUGCUUGAGUGUACCGACGAUCGGGAUUCAAGUAGUGGACCGACCGACAGAACUGUCACAGACAGAACCGCCGAAAGACCCGACCGUAAAAGACCACCGCCUAGACCGAGGGAGUAUUUGUGAAAGUUCUUCUUGCGUCGAUUAUUUCUUUUCUUCCUCUC